UGAGGUGAUGUUUGAAGGGGGACGGUAAAGUCGCGCGGCGGUCCGUCCGUGUUUAGAGUCCGUCGGUUAUGGCGGAGUACGUGAACCUGGUUCGGCGGGCCGUCGGUCAGCUCACGGGUCACGGCGGCGUUAAAGGCUUACUGCUGCAGCUUUUUAGGGUCUCCGACAUAAAGACUGGAACCUUGGUGGGUAUUGACAAAUACGGCAACAAAUACUAUGAGGACAAAAGAUACUUUUUCGGCCGCCACCGCUGGGUGAUUUACUCCAUGGAGAUGAACGGAAAGAAUACACUGUGGGACUUUGAUGCCAGCAUGGUCCCUGCCGAAUGGCACCGUUGGCUGCACAGCAUGACGGAUGAUCCCCCCACCACUCACCCUCCAGAGCCCAAGAAGUUCCUGGCCACAGUUCAUCAGUUCAACAACAGUGGCACGGCUAACUGCUACGUACCCUUUUCAACCACUCACAAGAAGAUCCACGAGUGGGUGCCACCGAAAGCUGGAGAGAAAUAAUCCCUCAUCUUGUUUGUGUUCCCUUUACCAUCUCUGACCAGUUCUGCUGUUUGGAGCAUUCUGUAAAUUGUAGCUUUAUAAUCAUCAAUAAAUUAAAACUGAUGUCUGUC